UGUUCUUCACGACAGUCAUUGUCCACAAAUGUCAAGAGCGUAUUUACAGAGUUUACAUGAUUAACUGUCUGGAUUAUCAAUAUUGUGCAAAAUGGGAAUAGCGGAUGAGGCUGACCGGACUCUGUUUGUCGGGAACUUGGAUCCUCAAGUAACAGAAGAGCUGAUAUUCGAGCUGUUUUUACAGGCUGGGCCAUUGCUUAAAGUCAAAAUACCUAAAGACAAUGAUGGAAAGUCAAAACAGUUUGCUUUUGUGAAUUUCAAGCAUGAAGUCUCUGUGCCCUACGCCUUGAACUUGCUGAAUGGAGUCCGGCUGUUUGGAAGGCAGCUCAACAUAAAGUUCAGAGCCGGCAGCAGUCAUAUUAAUCAAGAGGGUAAAAGUCCAGCAAACUCUCAAAAUCCCACUCCAGCAAGUACACCGGGUUACCGUGGUGGAAGAACCCCAGAGCAGAUGGGCUCUCCAUCUUUCUCCCCUCCCCAGCAUCUGCAAAGGUUGUUCAUUUCACCUGACAGUCUGCAGAGACAGGCAAUGAUGAACAGUAUGUUGCAGUUGCACCAGCCAAACGGAGCCUUCCAGCUGAGUAUGCAACAACAGCAGCAGCAGCAGUUAAGGGGUGGUGGUGGAGUUGUAGACGGUAACCAUUGGCAACAGGAUUGGUCUGCCCAGCGUGGUCAUCGCCACUCCCACCAGGACAAUAGCAGCCAUCAUGGCAGAGAUCAACGGCACAGCAACAGUGGGAGCAACCAUGACCGCCAUCGACGUGAUAGCCAGCGGGGUGACUUCUUUCAACACGAUGACCGUAGUGGAGGACGCAACAGAAAUUACACUCCCGAAAGGCGGAGAGAUUCCAGAGACGGCUCUAGAGACGGACGUUGGAAACGAUUUUAAAAACGAACUUAUGCAUUUUAGAUCUCUUUAUUUUUAUUUUAUCAAUUGUUUUUAUUGACUUUUGUUUUUCCUCCAAGAUUUUUAAAUGACAUAUUUUGGUUUAUUAUAUCUUACCUAACAGACCUUAGUUUAAAAAAAAAAAAUCUUUUGCAGUACAACUAUGGAAAGAAGAAAAAAAAACAGUUUAACACAUUGAGGUUAAGCAAUUUAUAUCUAGAAAAGAAAUGCUUUGCAGAGAUACAAAACAAAUAAGAAAUUGGCCAUUUUGUGUGCUGGCCUUUUUAAAAAUGUAUAUAUUGAUCUCAGGGGGACAUUGUUUAUAUUUUUUAUUUUUUUAUUUUCAAGACUUUUUAAGCAAUAUUUCUUUAAUAAUAAUACCAGAAUGGAUAAAGUAUCCCAAAAGGGAACAUUUUGUAAUGUUUUAGGAUUUCUCAUAAAGAAUAGAAAACUAAUUUUCAGGUGCAUUUUUGUCUUGAUAUAUAUAUAAUUCUGUUUGUUUUAAAUUUUGCCUUUUUCUCUGAUGAAGACGUUUUUAUAAAUCAAAUUCCUUACAGUCUUGAAAAAUCUUGGAACAAUAACUAAUUUUAAUACUUUUGUAAAUACAGCAGCAUUUUUAUUGGCAAGUGCAACGCCUUGUUACCUGUUAAAAUAUUUUCAUAAAAGUCACACUU